CGGUGCGUAGCGGUGCGGUGCGUAGCGGUGCGGUGCGCCUGGAUGGCAUGGAGCUGAUCCCUCGCAGAGUUCAGAUCGCUGCGAUCUUGUUGGAUGUCGCCGGGAAGUCGGAGUGAUAAAGAAUCAAGCUGCAGACAGGAGAGCUUUGAAAAGACCCCAGACCUCGGCUGGAUCAGCGGAGGAUCAGGACCCUCAUCGCUGGGAAAACUUGGGCUUCUUUGCCAUGAAACAUGAGUAAUGAGAGCAGCGAAGUUGGGGGCUUCCAGCCCCCCUGGAACUUCAACGGGUCACUGGGCAACAACUCGGCUGACCUGUUCUCCAACAUCUCCUGUAAUGAGUCCACCAACAGCUCAACAUCCUGCUCCCUCGCUGACAACGAUGUGUGGACUGGGAGUCCAUAUAAAACCCUGGAGAUGUUUUUCAUUGCUCUGGUGACAGGAUCUCUGAGCUUUGUGACUGUGACCGGAAACAUACUGGUCAUGCUGUCCAUCAAAGUAAACCGCCACUUACAGACUGUCAACAACUACUUUUUAUUUUCCUUGGCCUGUGCUGACUUGAUCAUUGGAGUUUUCAGCAUGAAUUUAUACACGGUCUACAUCAUCGUUGGCUACUGGCCGCUUGGGCCUGUUGUCUGUGAUUUGUGGCUGGCUUUAGAUUAUGUGGUCUCAAACGCUUCUGUGAUGAAUUUACUGAUCAUAAGCUUUGAUCGCUACUUCUGCGUGACCAAACCCCUGACGUACCCGACCAGAAGGACAACCAAGAUGGCGGGAUUGAUGAUCGCUGCAGCAUGGAUCCUGUCGUUCAUCUUGUGGGCUCCAGCCAUCUUGUUCUGGCAGUUCAUUGUUGGCGAGCGAACAGUGCCACCUGGAGAAUGCUAUAUUCAGUUCCUUUCUAACCCGGCGGUGACCUUCGGGACGGCUAUAGCGGCCUUCUAUCUGCCCGUCGUCAUCAUGACCGUCCUGUACAUCAACAUCUCCUUGGCUUCCCGCAGCAGAGUCUCCAAACACAAACCUGAGAAGAAAGAGAAGAAGGGAAUAAAAACUCCCAACCUGUUAAAAAGUCACCUGAUAAAGCAAAACAACAACAAUGACACCAGCCUUCAAGCAAGUCCUCGCUCCACCCCCAAGGCCAGCCUGGACUCAACCACCACUGCGCUGGAUGGAGUGAAGAACGGCAGAGUGGAGGAACAGAAACCUGCCCAGCCUGAAACUACGGGACAUCCCAGUCCACGACUCGCACAGGAGGAAAAAGAGAGCUCCAACGACUCGUCCACAGCGUUUAUCCCUCCAACAGAACCAAAGGCCAACAGCGAGGCAACGUCUGAGGCAGCUACAAAUCCCAGCCCAGUUGUCACGACAGCAACAUCCAACUCUGCUAUGCCCAAGAUCAACCCAUCGUCGAGGUGGUCCAAGAUAAAGAUUGUAACGAAGCAGGCGGGCGACGAAUGCAUCACAGCUAUAGAGAUCGUUCCGCCAGUGGAGGGAGCCGAGACGCGUUCAAUCCCCAUCAGCCGCCCCAGGACUGUGGCGAGAAAGUUCGCCAGCAUCGCUAGGAGCCAGGUGAAGAGGAAAAGACAGAUGGCCGCCCGAGAAAAGAAGGUAACCAAGACCAUAUUUGCCAUCCUCCUGGCUUUCAUCAUUACAUGGACACCGUAUAAUGUCAUGGUGCUGAUAUCCACCUUCUGUCAGUCCUGUGUCCCCGACACGGUGUGGGCGAUUGGCUACUGGCUGUGUUAUGUCAACUCGACCAUCAACCCAGCUUGUUACGCACUGUGCAAUGCCACAUUCAAAAAGACUUUCAAGAACCUGCUGCUGUGCCAGUAUAAAAAUAUAGGUACAAGAUGAGAUGAAAGAAGAA